AUGGAUCGGCCGAAUCAAGACGAGGAAGCUUCGACAGCUAAUGUUUGCGAUCAAAUCCAAUCAGAAGAGCCUGAAGAAAACGGAGAAAUUGUGUCAGAAGAUACAAGUCUUGUCAAACAAGAAACUAUUGAUUCGGAAGGUGAAAUUGCGGAUGUAUCAUUUACAAACCUUUCCGAUACGAUUAAAUCGGAAGCUCCUGCUUCUCCGGAUCCGAUUCCUUCUGAAAGUUACGGUUCGCAGAAUUUCCUGACUGAAUCUAACAUCGAGGUGAAAGAAGAACCAAAACAGGAAAAGUCUAAAAGGGAGUAUAAGCGUGAAAAAGAAAAGAAGGAGAAGAAGCACAAGUCGCACAAACACAAGAAAAGAUCGCGCUCAAGAUCACCAUCUGCCAAGCAUAACAAGCGAACACCAUCGACUUCACCCAUCAGGCACUCGUCGUCGCGAGAUGUUCAGGACACUCCACGGCGUUAUCAAAAUGGCGAUAAGAAACGUGAAUCCAAAAAGAAUUUGAGCAACAAUCCUCCAGCUCUUCUGAAUCGAUGCCGCCAACUAAUUCAAAUAGGAGAGAACCAGGGUGCCCUAAUUAAUGAUGAAGACCUCCGAAUCUGCAUCAAAGAGAUCAACGAGCUCAGUCAAUGUGUGGAGAAUAUUCAAUCAAAACGAGAAAUAUUGCACGAAGAGCUAAAAGAGAUGAUCAAAGAGGAAAUUGAGCACAUUAAAAAAAUUCAUGGAGAUUUGCCGAAGCACAUGCAGAACGUUCUCGUUUUUGAGAGAAAUUCGGUUUUCAUAGCCACCGAAAAUGCUUCGAAUAAUGGCAUUCCUGCGUUGCCUCCACCACCAUUUGGCUUCGGCUUUAUUCCCCCGCCGAUGUUGGGAAAAUUCCCCCCGCCACCACCUGGAUUGCCGGGUCAACCGGGCAUGCCAUUUCCACCGCCUAGCGGCCUUGCUACUCUCAUGCAACAACCACCGCCAAAUUUCCAACUUGCUCCGCCGCCGUUCUUGCCUACAAUGAAUGUUCCUCCGCCGCCUAUUAAAUCAGCGGUUACGGUAACAAUAACCAAUCCAUCGACGAGUGAGGAGCCACGCCGUUCGCCGAAGCCUGUGCCGUUAAUGAGUUUAGCGCCGCCAGCUGUGCCCGACUUUUCGAAGCCGCCGCCCGUAGCUACUGAAACACCGAAACCAAAGCCGAAGUCUGAACCCGUUCCACUCAUGUCGAAAACGUUUUUGCCACCCCCGGAUUUUGUGUCAAACUCUGAAAUUUCGAAAAAUUUGAGUAGUAUUCUCACUAACGCGUUGAAAGCUCAAGUUUCUCAAAAAACCACUUCACCUUUCACAACGGCGACUUCAACUCCAACCAAAAAUGUUCCAAGUUUAAUGAGCAUCCGAUUUCUUAUCAGAAAACCAUCAAGAACGAUUAUCGGUGAUAACAAAAUGUACGGUCCAAUCUACCCACCAGAGCUUGCAGAAAUGAUCCAAGCGGGUGUCAUGCCAUAUGGCAUGAUGAAUAGAACUGUUCCAGCUCCAUGGGCUGUCAAUGGUUAUCCACCAAUGAUUCACCCAUUGGAAUUACAUCAAAUGUUGCGACAGGUCGGAAUGAGCCCAAUGCCAUACCAUGAUAGCCCCCCACAGCUUCGCAAGCUUUUUAUUGGUGGUCUCAGCCACGACACCACUGACGAGCAACUUGGAAACUAUUUCGCUCAAUGGGGUCCGGUCAUUGACGCAAUUGUGAUCCGCGAUCCAAACACAAAGCACUCUCGUGGAUUUGGAUUUGUCACUUUCGCUUCCAUUUUUAGCGCCGAUGCUGCCAUGAACGAUCGGCCGCACGUGAUAGGCGGCAAGACUGUUGAUUCAAAACGAGCUAUUCCGCGCGAACAGAUGUUGUCGAUGAUUCCGCCACCAUUCUUCGAUAACGAUCCCGCACCUGGUUGUAAGCUGCUCCUAAGCGGAAUUGUUGCUGGCGUCCACUCUGUUGACGCUUUGCGCAUUUAUUUCGAAACUUUUGGCACAUUGGAUCAGGUAGAAAUUCUUGGUCAUCCACGUGGCCUUGGUUUUGUUAUUUAUGAAGAGAAAGAGUCUGCCGACAAAUGCCUUGCUCACAACAAUGGUCGUCAUGUGGUUAAUGAGCGUAAAAUUGAUGUUCGCGUUUUCGUGAAAACUCCAACCGGUAGUACAUACUGGAAGAGACCACAAACUAGAGCUGACAACAGAAGCAGUUUGUAUUCGCAGCUAGCUGAUCUCAACAUUAAAGAUAGCGAUAGCAAAAGCGGAACGGAUACAACCGGAAAUAGCAGCCGUGCUGGAGAGACUCCACAACAUUUUGAUGAAGAGAGUAACUAUGGUGGAACCACAACCGAGGACGAUUGUAAUUUGUUUGAACAUGACGAUAAUGAUGAGUGCACAUCACAAGCCGAAAGUUCAGCUUCACAAACAAAAUAA